AGAGGGGGAGGAGGAGGAGUGGGACACCGUGUGUCCCGCCGCCGCAGCAUCACCACCACGCACCAACUUUCUGCACCGCGUCUCCUCGUGGAUCGCGUGAUGCGCACAGACGCGUAAACUUUUCCUCGCGCUUCGUGGUUUCCACGCGGAGGACGCGCGCUCGCUCACACACUCGCUCCCUGUCUGUCUCAUUUUGUGGGAAUAUACCUUUAGAAAAGUAUCGGCGCGUGCCGUUUCUCCUCCUCCUGUGCGUGGGAUUUUAUUUAUUUAUUCUUCUGUGUUUUUUGUUGUUUUUAAAGUGGAUUUUUCGGCAGUGUGUGUGUUUUUAGUUUUUUUUAAACUCUCUUUCCUGAAAGAAGAAGAAGAAGAAGAGGAGGAAGAAGAGGAAGAAAAGUGGAAGUGAAGUGAAGACGAGGCUGAGGAGACACAAGUGUGGGAGUCCGCUGGCCAUGGACACGUCAGCGUCCAGGGCCGCCGAGAAAAAAGACAAAAUGGACGGGAACAGUUUCGGAGACCUCGCGAAGAAACCCUCACCAUCAGAGACGAGAGCCCCCCACCACAUGUUCCCCACCUUCCACACGCCAAUUCCAAUUGACAUGCGUCAUCACGAGGGACGUUACCACUACGAGCCUCACGCUCUGCACACCAUGCACGGUCCUGCGGGUUUGACUGGCAGCCCCGUCAUCUCCGACAUCUCCCUGAUCCGCCUUUCGCCUGCUGCCGUGCCGACGGGCGACUCUCCGUUCAGCCCGCCUCACCCGUAUGUCAACCCUCACAUGGAGCACUACCUGCGCUCAGUGCACGGCAGCCCCACGCUGUCCAUGAUCUCUGCAGCCAGAGGACUCAGCCCCGCCGACCUGGCCCACGAGCAUUUAAAAGACCGUGGUCUGUUCGGACUUCCUCCUCCUCCGCCUGGAGCCAGUCCGGCCGAGUAUUACCACCUGAUGGCGAGUCACCGCAGCCCUUACGGCGAGCUGCUCAUGCAAGGGGGCGGGGCCACGGCGGGGGCCCACCUGUCCGACUACAUCACCCCCAUCGAUGUGUCUCGGUUCUCCAGUCCCAGACUGACGCCCCGGCUGAGCAGGAAACGGGCUCUGUCCAUCUCGCCGCUGUCCGACGCCAGCAUCGACCUCCAGACGAUGAUCCGCACCUCGCCCAACUCGUUGGUAGCUUACAUCAACAACUCUCGCUCCAGCUCCGCAGCCAGCAGCUCGUACGGACACCUGUCGGUCGGAGGACUCAGCCCGUCCUUCCCCUUCCCUCACCCCAUCAACCCCAUGGCGUACCAGCAGCUAUUCUCACAGCAGCGGGGCCUCAGCGCCUUCGGUCACACACCGCCACUCAUCCAGGCUCCGCCCACGGCCUUCUCGAGCCGCCAGCCGAGCCUCGGCCUCUCAUCCCUGACCUCCAACAGCGACCUAACACCAAAGAACCUGAGCAGUGACUCGGUCGUCAGCAGCACAGUUGACCCCAUGAUCACCAAACGGUCAAAGGUCAAAAGUGAAGUAGAUGGACUCAGGCCUUUAUCACCGUGUUCACCGAACCACCACGGCAGCUUGUUGGACCUGAAGGACGACGUGGACCGGGACGAGUGCAAACAGGAGCCCGAGGCCGUUUACGAAACCAACUGCCACUGGGAAGGCUGCAGCAAAGAGUAUGACACGCAGGACCAGCUGGUGCAUCACAUCAAUAAUGACCACAUCCAUGGAGAGAAGAAGGAGUUUGUGUGCCGCUGGGAGGAGUGUUCGCGGGAGCAGAAGCCCUUCAAAGCUCAGUACAUGCUGGUGGUUCACAUGCGCCGGCACACGGGAGAGAAACCACACAAGUGCACGUUCGAGGGCUGCUCUAAGGCCUACUCCCGGCUGGAGAAUCUAAAAACCCAUCUGCGAUCACACACUGGCGAGAAACCAUACGUCUGUGAACAUGAAGGAUGCAACAAAGCCUUCUCCAACGCCUCAGACCGAGCCAAACACCAGAACCGGACCCACUCCAAUGAGAAACCUUAUGUGUGUAAGAUCCCGGGCUGUACCAAGCGAUACACUGACCCCAGCUCGCUCAGGAAGCACGUUAAAACGGUCCACGGUCCCGAAGCACACGUCACCAAGAAGCAGCGCAGCGACCUGCCGCCCAGGCCGCCGGCGCCCAGAGAGAACGGCGAGAAUGAGACGGGGCCCAGAGAGAGAAUGCAGAGAGAGGACAAAAUAACAGACAACGGCUCCCCCAGAGGCAUGGAAGACUACCUGCAUGUCAAAUCCAUCAAGACGGAAAACUCAGUGAUGUAUCAGUCCAGCCCUGGCGGUCAGUCAUCAUGUAGCAGCGAACCAUCACCACUUGGCAGUGCCACCAACAAUGACAGUGGAGUAGAAAUGGCGGGACACAGUGGGGGAAGCCUGGGGGACCUCAGCACCCUGGAUGAGCUGCCCUUCGUGGAGUCCUUGAGCUUUGAAGAUUCCACCGGCGGAGUCGCAGUGGUGGGUCUGCACUUUCGAAAGCAGCUUGGCACAAGCCAGCUCCUGGAGCAUCUGAAGAAAGAGAGGCUGAAGACAGUGAGGGACUCGUGCCGGUGGACCAACAACCCAACACCCCUGGUCCUCGGCACCAAGCUCCCACCCAUACCAGCAAGCGGGUCCCUCCUGGAGAGUCCAAGUCUGGGUGGUGGUCCGUUGUCCUUCCCUGGUUCAGGCUUGGGUAAGCUGAGCUCUGGUAAAUCAACUCUGCUAGACAACCUCUCCGAGCGCCGUGACAGCACCUCCAGCACCCUGAGCUCAGUUUACACCCUCAGCCGCCGCUCCUCGGGCAUCUCCCCCUGCUACUCCAGUCGGCGCUCAAGCCAAUCGUCACAGUUUGGUGCCAACCGCCCCAGCAAUCUCAGCUCCGCCGAUUCUUAUGACCCAAUCUCUGCAGACAUCUCACGACGCUCCAGUCAGACCAGUGGAGCAGGAGGUUUCAGAUCAGGGGGACUACUAAGUCCCCUCAGCCUGACACCAGCCCAGCACUACCACCUCAAGGUCAAAUACGCAGCUGCUACUGGUGGUGCACCACCCACACCUCUUCCAUACAUUGACCAAAUGUAUCAGAAUACCCAUAUAGGCCCACACGGAGACCCUUCUACCAAGAAAGUCUUGCCUUCCAGGCAGUAUAGCAGCUACAACACAAGGAGCUUGAUGCCCCAUGAAGUCCCGUCUAACAUCCCCCGCCGAGCCAGUGACCCUGUGAGACGGGUGACAGCAGAUUCUCUCAGCCACUCACAAAUGCAGCGCUACAACAGCAUAGGAGCGCUGUACGGAGGGCCGACCAUGCAGCCCCACCCACCUUCUGCAUCAGAAAGACAAAAUUUAUGCCAGCAAGGCUGUCUGCGACCAGAUGGUCUCCACCACCACCCUUUUAAUGUGCGACCACCCAAAAUUACUGAAAAUGUCACUAUGGAGGCAAUAACAGGUAACAUACCUGAGGAAGAACCAAGGCUGCCUGAUUUCAACACCAGUCAACAUGAGUUCCAAGGAAACCCCAAUAUCCAGCAGCUGCCAGUGAGACGCAGGGCUGUCGUGAAUUCCAACAUCAACCUGCUGACUCCUAACGUGAGUCCAGGGCAACAACAGCAGCAUUGUUCAUCUUCACCACGGGACAAUAGGACAGACUGCUCCAACUCUUUGGGACUAAUGGAUGUUGAUGAGCAGAGUUCCAGGGUACCGGUCAGAGGGAACCUCACAGUCCUCCAGCAAAACCAGAACUUUGGAUCCUUUUACAAUUAUCUUGGCUCCAACCAGCAGAUGAUUCAAAACCUGGUCAACACAGCACAGCAGAGCAAACUACGAAAUUCCCAACCUGGACCAAACUGCUUCCAGCAGUCGUCAAAUCUCAAUGAAACUAUAAGCUCUCCAUGUCAGUUCAAUGGAGGUGUCAGUUCAUAUGACAAGAACGGUAACACCUAUCCAACUUGUAGCAUUAACAUUAGCAUGCUAAGCCCCACCUGCAAACAGGAGCCAGUUGACAUGUACUUCACUGAUGCAGGAUUUCAGCCCAUGCAAGUAAAAAUUGAGGACUGUGAGAGAUCCAUCAUGAUUUCUAAUCAGCAGAAUUGCAAUAUUACCUCCCAGAAUUCUUUGAAAACUAACAAUGAGAGCCACCUGCAGCCAAAGCCACCAACAAAGCCCAAUUCUCUCAACAGGCACCAUUCAGGGCCAAAGUUGAUGGAGCAAACGAGAUGCCAAAAUAAUGCUAACCCAGGACUUCACUGUGGCAACAACUCCAAUGACAAUGUCAUGUUCUACGCAGGACAGAUUCAAGUGUUUGAGCCAAACAGUAACUUAAACCAUGAUGUUUCUCCUGUUGCAAACGUGCCUCCUUUUGGAAAUGACAAAGUGUCAGGUGACAACCAAGCAUCCAAGACUGUAGACUGUGACGCAGAGCUGGAACAAGCACAGAUAGACUUUGAUAGCAUGCUUGAUGACGGCGAUCACUCCAGCCUGAUGUCAGGAACCUUGAGUCCAGGCCUGCUCCUGUCCCGGAGUUCCUCUCGCCUGACAACACCCAGGAACUCAGUUACAUUGCCCUCGUUGCCAGCGGGGACAGGAAACAUGGCCAUAGGGGACAUGGGUUCACUGCUGAGUGCUUUGGCAGAGGAGAGCAAGUUCUUCAACUUGAUGUCUUAGCCACAUGUCACAGAAACAUCUUUGGAUAGGACAGUAUUUGCAGAUGUCCAUAUGCACAAUAAACAUUCAACCACAGACUAAAAGUGAAGAGACAAUGUGCCAAAAAAAAACCUCUGCA